UUCCAUUCCCCGCUCGCUCUCUCUACCUCUAAUAAUUCUCACAAUUAAUAAAUUAAUUAAUUAGUAAUAGAAUAAAUAAUUAAUGAACUAAUUUGCCAAAUUAGAGUAAAUAAAAGGGGUUUCGUUCCUCUCAUUUCCCGUGGAAUCGGGGGCAUUACGGUUAUUGAUGUUCGUCCCCUGGCGACUCUCCUUGCUCGCAUAAAAGGCUCGGUGGUUAGGCCUCCCAAAUCCCAUUCCUAUUCCCGUGAUCGACUCGUUCUAUUUCUUCCCCGGAUGCUAGGGCUUUGAUGUGGGACGAGAGUUUGGGGGGGGAGUGAAUUGGAUUAGGGUUUGUGGUGGGGGGAGGAGGGGAUCGGGUGAGGUGAAAGCGAAGAGGGGAGAGGGGAGAGAGAGAGAAAUGCCCGCGACGGAUUACCAGGGCUCAUCCGUGCCGUUCGCGUCGCUCGGCCGAUCGAUCCUGAGCAUCCGCCGCGACCAGGUGCACGCGAUGGACGGGCACCACGACUCGGCGCAGGAGCACGAGCUCGAGGCGUUCCAGCGGCGCGUGGCGGACCUGUUCCACGACCUGGCCGGGGGAGGGGGAGGGGGAGGGGACGAGCUCAUGAGCCUGGCGUGGCUGCGGAAGCUUCUGGACACGUUCCUGGUGUGCCAGGAGGAGUUCCGGGUGAUCCUCUUCAACCACCGCGGCGCUGCGUCGCGGGCGCCGCUGGACCGCAUGAUCGCGGAGUUCUUCGACCGGGGCGUGAAGGCGCUCGACGUGUGCAACGCCGUGCGCGACGGGAUCGAGCAGGUGCGCCAGUGGCAGAAGCACCUCGAGAUCGUCCUCCGCGCCCUCGCCCCAGCCCCAGCCCCAGCGCUCGGGGAGGGCCAGCUGCGGCGGGCCAAGAAAGCCCUCACCGACCUCGCCAUCCUCAUGCUCGACGAGAAGGACGCCGCCUCCGCGCUCUCCCACCGCAACCGCUCCUUCGGCCGCAGCGGCCGCGACGCCCACCGCUCCUCCCCCAGCGCCAGCGCCGGCGCCGGCGCCGGCCACUUCCGCUCCCUCUCGUGGAGCGUGUCCCGCUCGUGGUCCGCCGCGCGGCAGCUCCAGGCGAUCGGCACCAACCUCGCCGCCCCGCGCAGCCACGAGAUCGUGGCCACCGGCGGGCUCGCCGUCUCCGUCUACACCAUGAGCUCCGUCCUCCUCUUCGUGAUGUGGGCCCUCGUCGCCGCCAUCCCCUGCCAGGACCGCGGCCUCCAGACGCACUUCUCCAUCCCGCGCAGCUUCGUGUGGGCGCCGCCCAUUCUCUCCCUCCACGAGCGCAUCCUCGAGGAGUCCAAGCGCAAGGACCGCAAGAACUCGACCGGGCUCCUCAGGGAGAUCCACCAGAUCGAGAAAUGGGCCCACCAAUUGUCGGAUCUGACCGAUAACCUCCAACUCCCGAUGCCUGACGAGAAGGAGAUGGAGGUGAGGCAGGGGGUGGACGAGCUGGCGCUGGUCUGUCACGCCAUGAAGGAAGGCCUCGAGCCGCUGGAGCGCCAGGUGAGGGAGGUGUUCCAUCGCAUCGUCAGGAGCCGGACCGAGGGGCUCGAUUCGAUGUCGCAUAAUGCGGAGUGAGCUCCUCUUGUUACCCUUUUUUUUACUCUACUCUGGAAUGGGAUGAGGUUUGCAGUGCUGAUAAUUGUCCGUUCCUACUAUUAGCGUUUUUCGUGAGUCGCAGCCAGAUUGUGAGGUAGGGAGGGGUUCAAGAGGGGUUGAAGAGGCUGAAAGGGAACAGACUUAAUCUUUCUCCUCCUACCAAUAAGUUUAAUCGGGUAGUUUUCUUGUAUUUACCAUAAUGCAUUUUUGUAAAAAGAAGUAUUGGAUUGAAUUUUCUGUUAUGAUGAUGCAUUGUAUGUUUUCGGUGCAUUGAGUGUAUGAUUUUUAGUUAGCCAUCUGACCUUUGAAUCCUUCAGCAGUCGUGCGGCUUUCCCCUUCAAUUCAAUCUUCAGGGGCUGUUAAAAUGUGAGAAUUAGAAGGGCGGGGCUGAAACUUUUGUUGUUUGCUCGGCAGCUUAAAGUGACGGAGAGCCUCUGAAGUAUUAUUUGAUUA